AAAAAAACACGUCUUAUAAAAAGCGAUUUAAAGGUCGGCACGUUCGUUGGUCAUCUUGUUUUUUAGGUGCUGCUUCAGGGUUUUUUUUACAAAAAAAAAAAACACGUUUUAGUGAAAAAGUCAACAUUUUAUGUACUUAAAAAAAGCCGGCAAGCCAUUUCCGGGUUCUUCGAGGAUGACGCGCACACAUCCUGGAAGACGUAGCUAAAGACUUAAUGGAGGACCGGGAGCAAAGAAACUAAAAGUAGACGGAGAAGAAAAGGAAGAUAGUCCUGAAGAGCAUCCAUCGUCUCCUCGCCGGCGCUCACAUGUGGCCCCCUGCACGCUAGGAUGCGGCGAGCAGGUGCACAACCACGGAGCGGCCGGGGAGGCGCCACGCUGCCAUUGCCUCAUGUUUUAUGCACGGCCGCGACACGACGGCGUGCCCGCCUCUGAAUCUUCCUGACGCCUGGGACCGCAGCGUGUUGUUCAGUAUCAUGUCUGCAGAGAGGCGCCACAGCCUGGGGGCGGUGCCCAUGGAGAGCUGGAUGACCCACAUGCCGCCCGCCCUGUGGGACACCCCGCUCUGCCACCUGGCCAUCCCGGGCAGCCAUAACGCCAUCACCUACUGCCUGGACUCCAACAACCGCUCCCCCGUGGACCUGACCCAGCCCGACAUGCUCCGGAAGCUGGACCGCUACCUGAAGCCCCUCAUCCGCCCCUUCGUGUACAAGUGGGCCGUCACGCAGGAGUACUCGGUGAAGCAGCAGCUGGACUGCGGGGUCAGAUACUGUGACCUGAGAAUCGCACGCCGGCCCAACGACAACUCUACUGACCUCUACUUCUACCACGGCGUUUAUAGCACGCUCACCGUGGAGACGGUUCUUGGUGAGAUCAGAGAGUGGUUGGACUCGCGUCCUAAAGAAGUUCUCAUCCUGUCAUUCAGUCACUUCCUGGACGUGAGCUGUGAGCAACACUUGCUGCUCCUGACCAGCAUUCGGAGCAUCUUCUCCUCCAAACUCUGUCCCAAAACGGACGCGCUGACCCUCAGGAAGCUGUGGUCCGAGGGCCGGCAGGUGAUCGUGUCGUACGAGCACGCCAUCGCCAGCCACCACCGUGACCUUUGGCCUCACAUCCCGUACUGGUGGGCCAACAAGUGCAAGGCCGAGGACCUGAUUGAGGCCUUCGAGCGCAGGAAGCGGCGUGGAAGACCAGGAGGGUUUUUCGUCACAGGAAUAAACCUGACGGGGCACCUGAAGUACAUCUGCACACAUCCCACCGUGUCCCUCAAAGACUUGGUGACGUCCAGCAAGCCCACGAUCCUGAGUUGGGUCCGAGGUCAAUCCCCCGGCAGCAGGGCGGACUCUCUCAACAUCAUCGCGGGAGACUUCAUCACGGACACACACUUCACACAAACUGUUGUCGCGCUCAACGACAAACUGCUGCAAGCACACUGAAUGCUCAAUAUCACCACAAACCAUCAACCUGAUCUUUUACUGUCGGAAACAAAACAUACUUGAAGUACCUUCUCUAGAGAUGCAACACUUUUAGGCCAAGAGGCGACCAAGCAAUAGCCAGACAGGUGAUGAUGUCAUAUUAUUGUUUUCCACAUUAUAAGCACACAAACGUACCUUUUUCAUUGCAUGCUAGAAAACACCUUGACUUUACGCUGCACCAACGUGCCUGAGGAAAUGCACCUUUUUCAAUAAAAUGCACUCUUUGACGCGUCACGUCAUCUCCUGAAAGACGCUGAAAAGAGCAGCGGUACGUGACACAUGCUAACUGUUAGCAUGCUAAUGUUCAAGUGCGAACUUUUUCCAGCCAAUUUUGUAGCUAAACACCCGAGUCGUAGAACUUGGUAAUUGACACAUGCUGUUAGCAUGCUAUUGUUAGCAUGCCGAUCUUUUCAGCCAAUUUUGCAGCCGAACACCUCAGAGUCAUAGAGCUUGGUAUUUGACACAUGCUGACUGUUAGCAUGCUAAUGUUAAAAUGCUAACUUUUUCAGCCAAUUUUGCAGCUAAAAACCCGAGUCAUAGAAACUUGGUACUUGAUACAUGCUGUUAGCAUGCUAACGUUUUCAGCCAAUUUUACAACUAAACACCAGAGUCAUAGAAACUUGGUACUUGAUACAUGCUGUUGGCAUGCUAAAAUUAGCAUGCCGACCUUUUCAGCCAAUUUUGCAGCCAAACACCUCAGAGUCAUAGCGCUUGGUAUUUGACACAUGCUAACUGUUAACAUGCUAAUAUUAACCCACUACGUUUUUCAGCCAAAUUUGCAGCUAAAUACCAGAGUCUUAGAACUUGGUACAUGACACAUACUGUUAGCAUGCUAAUGUUUUCAGCCAAUUUUGCAGCUAAACACCCGAGUCAUAGAAACUUGGUACUUGACACAUGUUGUUAGCAUGCUAACGUUAGCAUGCCGACCAUUUCAGGCAAUUUUGCAGCCGAACACCUCGAGUCAUAUAGCUUGGUAUUUUAAACAUGCUAACUGUUAGCAUGCUAAUGUUAAAAUGCUAACUUUUUCAGCCAAUAUUGCAGCUAAACACCAUAGUCAUAGAAACUUGGUACUUGACACAUGCUGUUAGCAUGCUAACGUUUUCAGCCAAUUUUGCAGCUAAACACCAGAGUCGUAGAACUCGGUACUUGACACAUGCUGUUAGCAUGCUAACUUUUACAGCCAAUUUUUUA